CGUUAGGCCUUUCUGGCAAGUUGCCACUGACGCGCACCACCGCUCCCUCGCGCUCACUGUUCCAUAGUUACCACACCAGCCUUGAUGUUGUGUAUCAAAAACUCGAUGCAGCCAUCGGGCUGACAGAGAAGCGAACACCAGAACGCAAUCGCAAUGAAGACCGCUCGGAAGCUGGCUGUCUCCUUGCCGCGGGCACGGUGGCUGCUGCUGGUCUGGGUACUCAUAUUUGUGACGACCAUGAAAGCUGUCAACAGCAGUACCUUCCUGCAGCUACAGCAGCAGCAGCGACGCCAGCUGCAUCAGCAACAGCAACAGCAGCAGGGCUCAGAUGCCGCCACGUCGGUGGUGUCCCUGUCGGACUACCUGCCGUUUGGAAUCGUGCGUGUCACGCUCGGCAAGGCAGCGGCGGGCAACCGCCGCCAGGUCUCCGUCCUGGUCGCCUGCGCUUCUGGCGACCCGCGACCGCCCGCCGGCACCAAAGCCCUGAAACGCUGCACGCCAGUGUGCGCCGACGGCUUCGCCACUGGCAGUAGCAGCACAAGUAGCAGUAGCAGCAGCAGUAGCAGCCAGGCUGCAGCAGCCGCGGCGGCGGCGGCAGGGCUGGUGUGCGCCAGCCUUAACCCGAACAAGACACCUGCUGAGGGGCAUGCGGCGGCGGUGACGCCGCUGCGGCUGGCGGGCGCGGGCAGGGCGCUCAAGUGGGCGGCGCGGCGGCCGUCACUGUCGUCGCUGACGUGUCCCGACGGCGCGGCGUCGGCGGCCGAUUGCAUCGCGCUCCUCACACCCACAGGCUGUACGGCCCUCGCCGCUGUCAACUGCUCAGCCACGGCGCCGCCGCCGCCGCCACCCCCGCCGCCGCCCGCGCCCCUGCCCGCCGAGUGUGGUCCCCUGAUGCCUCUGCUACAGACCCUGGCGUUCUCGCCCAUACCCGCCGUAAGGCGCCUGGUCGUGCCCUCCAUCGCGCCGCAUGGCACCGUACGGCUGGUCAACGGACCCGUGCCCGGUCAAACCGGCGUCGUACAGAUCAGUUACUGCGGUUACUGGGGCACGGUUUCAACCGACAGCGGUACGACGGUGCUGUCGUCCCAGCCCUCGGAGUUGGAGGGCGGCGGCACGGACGUGAACAGCACCAAGGUGGCCAACGCGCUGCGGGCCGCCGCCAUCUGCACGCAGCUGGGCUUUUCGAACUCGCGGCACAAGCGCGGCAGUGCGCAGUACGCGGGCGGGGAGGGGUUCGUCUGGGGUGUGGCGCCCGUGUGCCGCCCCGGCGUGGCGGCGCCGCUGGCGGCCGGCCUGGCGCGCAGCUUCCUGAGGUCGGGUGGGCAGCGCUACAACGCCUCCGCACUGCAGGUGUGUGUGUGUGGGGGGGGGGGGGGGGAUUGGGUGGUUGGUAGUGGGUGGUAGUGGGUGGUAGUGGUUGGGUGUGGUUGGUAGUGGGUGGUGGUGGGUGGUGGUGGGUGGCAGUGGGUGGUAGUGGGUGGUAGUGGGUGGGCGCCGGAUGUUCCUGAAGUUCCUGGGGUGAGGUGAGGUGGGUUGCGAACUCGGGCGGUUGAGGCAUGGGGCGGCAUGCGGGGGCGGCAGGGUACCACCUACACAUCU